UAUAGAAAGAAAGGAAAGAAUUCAAUAUCAUUCACUAUUAUGACAAAUUGGUUGAUCUCGCUUUUCUCUACGUAUAUAACAUUCUGGAGUUUGUGUUCAGGAUCGGAAAUCACUGAGAAAUAUGAUAUCGGUCAUCUUCUCAGGAAUAAAAGGCAUUUGCUCUUUCCGAACCCCCAAGGCAGUGAAACAAAAGUUCAAGUACUUUUUGGAUUGGGUUUGCCGAUGGAGGGUGAGGUAUCCAUGACUCUCGGUUACGUGUUGAAGUGCAACUACAACCUACCAUACAAUUCAUCCAUCUACGAAAAAGAAGAAUUUCGAUACGAAAAAUCGGCAGAUGUAGUAUUUUCAGAGCCAAGAAACGUGAAAGCAACUCAAGGUAAAUUAUCAAGAUGGAAUUUUUACCGAAUAUUGGAGAGAGCAUUUCAAACUUUUGGAUCAGGAAAGGCAUGUCUGUUGCGUAUGGUUUGUGAAGCUGCUGAAACACCUUUCAAAGAAGGACACGGGCUUUUAGGAGAACUUGUACACGUUCUCUUUACGCCAUCGACAACUUUCGAGGAAUACGAAGUUUAUUCGGAUCGCGAAUAUCACGCAGCGGAACUCAUAGGAUAUGCCACGAAUGGAAUGUGUAAAUCACUCUAUUCAGAGUGCAUCGUCAGUCCUUUGGAUUAUUUUUCAAGCAAAAGAUAAACUUCUCAAAUUGAAAAUUGAAACUAAUUCAAGCCACAACUUUUUUCUUUUCCUCUCUUUCUCAUUCUCUCUCUUGCUCUUGCGUCGAAAACUCGAAAUUUAAUUAAACAACGAUAAAAGAGCACUUUCUCCAUGCAAAUUGGUUAUUGACAAGCUGCAGAGAAAGUUUUAAUUGGAUUCACUGCUUCGCUGAUUUCUUCAUUAUAUUAAGCACACAAUGAUUAUGCAUAGUCCCCCCCCCUUCUCACCCAGUGUAGAAAUUUCUGUUAAAGUCCCUGAUAAUAAUAGGGUUUUUAUUUAAUGCGUAACAGUUUUUCAACAAUAAAAAUAUAUUGUGG